ACCGCUGUCUCACUCCGUUGUUCUGACCUUCGGGAUUAAGUUAACUCAGAUUGCCAGUUGCGGAUUCUCAUAGCAUUCGAGGUCUAGACUGAUAAGCUUAUGGCGUCGUUAUCUGGGAAGUUCGUCAAGGUGUCAUUGCCCAAGCCGCAUGUUGCUCUGGUAGAGCUGUCUCGGGCUCCCGUCAAUGCAGUCAAUAGCGCAUUCUGGCUUGAGUUUGACCAGAUAGUCGAAAAGAUUGGUCAAGAGACCGAUAUCAGAGUGGUUGUUCUAGCAUCUUCACUGCCCAAAUUCUUCACAGCAGGCAUUGACUGGCACGAUUCAGUAACCUCGAUCCAGGACUUUGAGAAUUAUGAUAAGGAUCCAGCGAGACGUGCUCUUCAGAUUCGCAGUUCCAUCUUAGCUUUCCAACGCGCCAUCUCCGCUACAGAGAGAUGCCCGGUACCUGUGAUCGCAGCCGUACAUGGCAUCGCCCUAGGUCUAGCUAUUGAUAUGAUUACCGCUUGCGAUAUUCGGUAUGCUGCUGCAAAUACCACAUUCUCUAUCAAGGAAGUUGAUGUUGGUCUGGCUGCGGACAUAGGCACCCUCGCUCGUCUACCCAAAGUUACAGGGAACCAGAGCCUUAUAAAUGAACUCACAUAUACCUCUCGCAAUUUCUCUGCCGCCGAAGCAAAGGAGAUAGGAUUGAUCUCCAAAAUUGUGGAUGGUGGCAGGGAGGAGGUUAUCGAAGAGGCUUUGAAACUUGCAGAAGUCAUUGCAAGCAAGAGUCCUAUUGCUGUAACUGGUAGCAAACACAUGCUCCUGCAUUCAAGAGAUCACAGCGUUGAAGAUAAUUUGCAGUAUGUAGCAUCGUGGAAUGGUGGCAUGUUGCAGACUUCGGAUCUCAAAUCCUCAGUCCAGGCAGCUCUCACUAAGAAGAAAGCUACCUACGUGCCACUUGGAAAACCAUUCUCGAAACUCUGAUGGCCGCCAUCAAGGACGUGAAAUGUCUGUUUCGUGCCGCAGGAUAGUGAAAGGGUGCUAGAGACCCCUCCCGAAUUCACAUCGUACCUGUACCGAUCUCUCGUCUGACGUGUAUAUUUAGUCGGAUUGUACCUUUAGAUGCCAUAAGUACCAACUAGAAGGCGGGAUCUACGUAAUACGCUCAUGCCAUUAGUUCCUGAAUCCCGAUAGCUUUUGGUUCACUCGGUAUGGGUGUGGAGUUCUAGAUCUGGAAGAUACGAAAUGAAGAAAACAUGGAAGU